AGCUCCUAUGAACAAAUCCCAAAGUAAGAGCUAACCAUGAGCUACUUAACCAUUUCCCAAAUCUCCUCCCUCCUCUUCUUUAGCGUCCUUUUCAUUUCCGCUCAUGCAGCGCGCUUUGAAAUCCGCAAUGAGUGCUCCUACACCGUCUGGGCAGCAGCCUCUCCUGGUGGUGGUCGUCGCCUAGACCCUCGGCAAAGUUGGACCAUCGAUGUGCCUGCUGGCACUGCUAUGGCUCGUAUUUGGGGUCGAACCAAUUGCAAUUUCGAUGCCAGUGGUAGGGGUCAUUGCCAAACCGGUGAUUGUGGUGGACUCCUUCAAUGCAAAGGUUGGGGUGUACCUCCAAACACCCUGGCUGAAUAUGCACUUAACCAAUUUGGAAACAUGGAUUUCUACGACAUUUCCUUAGUUGAUGGGUUUAACAUCCCCAUGGUGUUUGGUCCAACUAAUGGCGGUUGUCACAACAUUCGGUGCACUGCAGACAUCAACGGACAAUGCCCGAAUGAGUUAAGAGCUCCCGGUGGGUGCAAUAACCCAUGCACGGUAUUUAAGACCAAUGAAUAUUGUUGCACUCAAGGGUACGGAACCUGUGGUCCGACCCGUUAUUCAAGGUUUUUCAAGGACCGGUGCGGUGAUUCAUACAGUUAUCCUCAAGAUGAUCCUUCGAGCACCUUUACUUGCCCUGCUGGUUCCAAUUACAGGGUCGUGUUUUGCCCCAGAGGCUCACCUCAUAUAGAGAUGGUCGGAAGUAAGAGCCAAGAAAAAUAAAGGGAUCAUCUCUUGGUCUAGUUAAUCUGCGCCUUGGAACCAAAAAAUAAAAAAAGUCAUUUGGUCUUCCCAAAUGAUAUCAAACAUGUGGUUCUAUACUUGGUUUAUUUUACUUAUGUUUUGUUUAAUAAUAUUGUGCACUUUCAACA